AGAUGUGGAUACCAAGCUUCAAGCAAUCCAAGAGAGAAGCCUGGGCAUUGAGGCACCUGGUGGAAAGGAACAGGAAUUUUACAGCUGAAGAAUUUUGGAUGCUUGUAUUCAGUGAAUAAACACAACUUGUAAAACA